AGCAACGGCACUAUUUCUCUCCCCCUCUCCCUCUCUCUCUAGCUCUCGCUCGCUCGUUCUCUGAUGAGUGAGGGCAGUGUUGUCAGCCUCUCUGCUGCGCUCCCCGCGUGCAGACCCACACAAACGGAGUUAAGGAACAGUUUGAAAUACGCCAAAGAAGAGGAAAAAUGCACGACCGCCGACAAAAGGAAUGUUAAACAGAGAUGAAACGCGAUAACAUGAAUGAAGAUACAUUUCACGGCCUUGCUUUGUGUGUCUUUCAACAUACCUUCUGAAUCUGAUGAUCAUUGUAACGUAAAGCGGAAGAGAUGGAUCGGUUCACAGGCCUUCGAGCAGCCGCUUCCUUCACGCGUUCAAAGGCUGAACCCAGUGCUGUGGAUCUCCAUGAGUAACCAGACAGAGCUCCCUGCUUCCCCUUCAUGCCUCUGUCAUUUCCUUGACGCCCACCUUUCACCCUCUCUCUCCCCACCUGAUAGUUACACCUCCUCAGUCUUCUUCCCUUAAAUGAUGUGGUCUGCUGUCCGUGCUCUGCUCCUGGUGCUUUUGGGUACCAGGGUCCUGCUCUCCAGCGGUGACUCUCCUCGCAAAGAAAUUAAGAUCGAUGGGGACCUGGUUCUGGGAGGCCUCUUCCCCAUCCACGAAAAGGGCAUGGGCAUGGACGAAUGUGGCCGGAUCAAUGAAGACCGAGGCAUCCAGCGGCUUGAGGCAAUGCUCUACGCCAUAGAUCAGAUCAACCAGGACGUAGGUCUGCUUCCGGGUGUGGCUUUGGGGGUCCACAUCCUGGACACCUGCUCAAGGGACACCUACGCUCUGGAACAGGCGCUGGAGUUUGUUAGGGCUUCGCUUACAAAAGUGGAUGAUACCGAGUUCAUCUGUCCUGAUGGAUCCUACGCUCUUCAGGAAGACAGUCCUCUGGCCAUUGCCGGUGUCAUUGGGGGAUCUUUUAGCAGUGUCUCCAUACAGGUUGCCAACCUGCUGCGACUAUUUCAGAUCCCUCAGAUCAGCUACGCCAGUACCAGUGCCAAACUCAGCGACAAAUCCCGCUACGACUACUUCGCACGCACCGUCCCACCAGAUUUCUACCAGGCCAAGGCCAUGGCGGAAAUCCUGCGUGCCUUCAACUGGACCUAUGUUUCUACCGUCGCCUCAGAAGGUGACUACGGAGAAACGGGAAUCGAAGCCUUCGAGCAACAAGCCCGUUUGAGAAACAUCUGCAUAGCUACUUCGGAAAAAGUAGGACGGUCGAGCGCGAAACGCUCUUCGUACGAGGCGGUGGUUCGCCAGCUUCUGCAAAAGCCCACGGCCCGCGUGGCAGUGCUGUUUUUGCGUAGCGACGACGCACGAGAACUCAUCGCGGCCGCCGCCCGCCUCAACGCGUCUUUCCUCUGGGUGGCGAGUGACGGAUGGGGGGCGCAAGAGAGCAUCGUAAAAGGGAACGAGUUCACGGCGGAUGGUGCGAUCACUUUGGAGCUUGCGGCUCAUCCUAUACCAGAGUUUAACAGUUACUUCCAGAGCCUCACGCCUCUUAACAAUCACCGCAACCCUUGGUUCAAAGACUUCUGGGAACAAAAGUUUCAGUGUUCGUUGGGCGGAGCUUCGACAGCAGGGGCGGGAACCCCGAAGCCACCUUGUGACCCGGAACUGGUCGUCGACAAGUCAAAUUUUGAGCCUGAAUCAAAGAUCAUGUUUGUCGUAAACGCUGUGUACGCCAUGGCGCAUGCCUUGCAUCGAAUGCAACGGACUCUUUGCGCCAACACCACACGCUUGUGCGACGCCAUGCGGAGUCUUGACGGCAGGAAACUCUACCGGGACUUUCUACUUCACGUCAACUUUAGAGCUCCGUUCUCCCCUGCCGGCUCAGAGAAUCAAGUAAAGUUUGACGCUUAUGGCGACGGAAUGGGCCGAUACAACAUCUUCAACUAUCAGCGUGUGCCAGGCAGCGACAAGUUCACUUAUAUCCAGGUUGGAGAGUGGGCAGAGAGUCUUUCCCUAAACGAGGGUUUGAUCGGUUGGCCGAGGGGAGCAGAUGUACCCACGUCUCAAUGCAGCGACCCUUGCGCUCCCAACGAGAUGAAGAAGAUGCAAGCAGGCGAAUACUGUUGCUGGAUUUGUACUCCUUGUGAGCCCUACGAAUACCUGCCGGAUGAGUUCACGUGCAUGCCCUGUGCACCCGGCCAAUGGCCCCGUCCCGACCUGACUGGAUGCUAUGACCUUCCUGAGGACUACAUCAUGUGGGAGGAUGCUUGGGCCAUUGGACCCAUCUCGAUUGCAUGCGUUGGCUUCAUAUGUACUUUAAUGGUCUUCGUCGUUUUCAUUCGACACAAUGACACGCCGCUGGUCAAAGCGUCCGGUCGUGAGCUGUGCUAUAUCCUGCUGCUGGGCGUCUUCAUGUCCUACGUCAUGACUUUCAUAUUCAUCGCAAAACCUUCGCCUGUCGUGUGCACGCUGAGGCGGUUAGGCCUCGGUACCUCGUUCGCGGUAUGCUACUCAGCCCUGCUCACGAAGACCAAUCGCAUCGCUCGCAUCUUCAGCGGCGUUAAAGAGGGCGGGGCUCAGCGGCCACGCUUCAUCAGUCCCAGCUCACAGGUGUUUAUCUGUCUGUCGUUGAUCUCCGUGCAGCUUUUGUUGGUGUCCGUCUGGCUACUCGUGGAGGUGCCUGGAACACGACGGUUCACAACGCCGGAGAAACGUCAGACUGUCAUCCUGAAAUGUAACGUACGGGACUCUAGCAUGCUGCUGUCGCUCAGCUACGACGUGGUUCUGGUGGUCCUCUGCACGGUCUACGCCUUCAAGACCCGCAAGUGUCCAGAGAACUUCAAUGAGGCCAAGUUCAUUGGCUUCACCAUGUACACCACCUGUAUCAUCUGGCUGGCCUUCCUGCCCAUCUUCUACGUCACCUCCAGUGACUACAGGGUCCAAACCACAACCAUGUGUAUAUCUGUCAGUCUGAGUGGAUUUGUGGUGCUGGGCUGCAUGUUUGCCCCCAAAGUCCACAUCAUCAUGUUCCAGCCUCAGAAGAACGUCACCAGUCACCGGUUAAACAUGAACCGGUUCAGUGUGAGCGGGCCGGCCACUAGCUACGCGUCCCACGCAUCCGUCAGCGCCCACUACGUUCCGACGGUGUGCAACGGCAGAGAGAUCGUCGACUCCACCACUUCCUCUCUGUGACCUCGCCCCUUCCUCCAGACUCCUGCUCCUUAGCGACUGUUAGCCAAUCAGCACACAUUGUGCUCCGCCCAAGAACUAGGUCUGCCUACAGUGUGUAGAAAGUGUGUAUGAAUACAAUGAUUAUUAAAUUAUUUUUAGGGCUUGUUGUAAAUAUUAACUUACAUUGUUGUAGAGAAACAAAAGAACAAAAAAAUCCUUUAUAGAGAGAUUUUGAAAACUUUUGUUUUGAUAGCUUUAUUAUGUAUGUUGUAAACGGCCAUGAUGUGAUGAUGUAAAACUCAAACCAGUUUUUGAUUGGGCCAAAGUAGAGACUGACAGAAACGGCUCCGCCUGCAAUACUGGACACUGGAAUUUGUGGUCGUUUUCUUUUGUAGGCCUCAUUGUAAUAACCUAAAACGUGUGUAUUUCUAUGUUGUACAUUUUGUACAGAAUCUUUAACCGAUGGUUUUAACAGCACAAGUCGACAGUAUUAGAGUCUACGCUGGUCAUGAGGUCCAGAGCAGGAAAACCAUCGAGUGAGCUCUCGCGCCUCAAACUUCACGUCGUCUUAUCACAGGCAGUGGCUUGAUGCCAGAGGUUACAACACCAUUUUAGUACACUGUCAUGACAUCUGGAAGCAUAUUACAUUAACUGCAUCUCAUAAGCGUUGCGUUUGGAUUGGCUGUGAUGCAUGUUUAUGUUGCAGCACAGAUGCGCAGUGCUACAAAACGUUAUAUAUGUUUACAUUGCCUGUGACGAGAAGCCUCCGGGAACGGAAACUCUGGAAGAUGAGCACGUGAGGUACUUCACAAAGUUGACAUAUACCUCUUUUCCACCAUCAUGGUGCCGUCCCCACACUUGUCGACUGGAUAAAUGGUGAUUCACCAGAAGAAAAUAAGAAAGGCUGUUUGGGACAGAGCAUGAAGCAGUAUUGUCAGGGGGCAACGGUAUUGUCACCAAAUACCCUUUUUAAACAUAAAAUUUACAUAAUUGUAAAAAUAUUGUAAUAUUACAAGUUCCAACAUAAUUGGAAAUAGGAAGUAAUGUGAAAAAUAUAUUUCUAUCAUCUUCUGCUCACAAAGGCUGCAUUUAAUAAAAAAAUACAGUAACAUUGUGAAACAUUAUUACAAUUUAAAAUAACUGUUUUCUAUAUUAAUAGAUUUUAAAAUGUGAUUUUUUAUUAACUAGCAAAGCUGAAUUUUUAUCAUCAUUACUCCAGUCUUCAGUGUCACUUGAUAAUUCAUAAAUCAUUUUAAUAUGCUGAUUUGCUGCUUGAGGAACAAUUCUUAUUCUCAGUGUUACAAACAGUUGUGCUGCUUAAUAUUUCUGUCUACCCCAACACUGGCACCGGUGCCAUUUCAGUGGAAAACUGGUGAUAAUCAGUUGCGUUUCUGAUGUGUGAAAUGCUUUGUGAUGCAGUGAAUGUAAAAUGUAUUCUGUUGUUCGAUAUCGGCUUGUUGUGCCUUAUCAUUUGUCCUAUAGUUUUAAUAUGAGAGGUUCCUCAGAGCCUUUGGGCGGAAGGGGACCAGGCCAUUUUUUACAGACGUCUUUUUUUACAUUUCAAAAGUUUUAUACAUUUCUAUGUUUUUCUGUUGGUUCGUUUGAAAGAGAGUGGGAUGCUCGGGUUCUUUGACAAGCUGAAGAUUGAGGAGAGCUAAAAUGUUAAAAGUUUGCUUGUUUUUAGCUUGCGGCCAUCACAUGGCCCCAAGGGAUUCUGUACAAUAUCACGCUACCUAAUGCAAGUGUCAAACUGUAUCAUGUCAUUGUAGGAUCAUCCAUUCUUGGCUCGUCAUGAAGAGACAUAGUAAACAAACAUGUUAUAGUAACCUAGAAAUGCUAAGCUCUAAACAUUCAUAAUUCAACAGCAUGGCAGCAAAGCAAAUCAUUUGUGUGUCAGUUAACAGUACCAGGAUAUGAGCAUACACAGCACGAAUGAGAAAAUCAGAUGACAGAAAAUCGUAACCAAUAAAUGACAGAUUUAGUCUUCCAAUGGGGACAAACUUACUCACAGGAACACGAGAUGUAGUGCAACUACACAAAUAUGUAAAAUCAGUAUGCAGCUGAGCCCACAUAAACUAUACACUUCCUCAGUUUUUUUCCCUUUUUGAUUACUACUGGUGAGCAAUAGGAUAACUAGAAUAAAUAGGACAAUACAAUAAUUCCAACAAACCCCUAACCUUAAGUAAAUAUCAAUAGGUAGCCUAAUUCAAAACUCAGUACCCCCUGCACAGCAAUAUUUAAAAAACUAUUUGAACAUCCACAGUACCAACUUGCUAAAACCCACUUAAAAAAUCUGAGCAACUGCAUAGCAACACUGUGGAAACACCUUAAAAACAUGCUGACUAAUACUUAGAAACACCUUAGGACAGAGGAGUCAAACUCAGUUCUUGAAGGGCUGCAACCCUGCUCCAAUAAAAAUACCAUGUAGUUUUCUGUUACUGUUCAAAUAAGCCUGAAGGAAUUAUUAGCUGAAUCAGGUGUGUUUAAUUAGGGUUGAAAGCCCUGCAGGAACUGAGUUUCACACUGCCUUAGGAACUGCAUAGCUACACCCUGGCAACCAUCCAAAACAUCCAAGUAACUACACAGUAACACAAAAGAAAACACUCAGAGCACUUUAGCCAGUGCAUAAAAUGCUCUGAAAAACCAACAUAGAAACAUACUAAAAAAACACUUUAGCAACUGCAUAGCAACACCCUGGAAACCAACCACAUCCUAGAAGCAGCACAGUAAGAUUCUAAACAUCACUUCUUCCAAACUCCAUAGCAACCCUGGAAACCAACCACACCCAAACAACAGCACAGUAACAUUCUAAAUACCACCCAAAACAUCUUUGCAACUCCAUGGCAACACCCUGGUAACCAACCACACCCUAACAACAGCACAGUAACAUUCUAAAUACCACCCAAAACAUCUUUGCAGCUCCAUGGCAACACCCUGGUAACCAACCACACCCUAACAACAGCACAGUAACAUUCUAAAUACCACCCAAAACAUAUUUGCAGCUCCAUGGCAACACCCUGGUAACCAACCACACCCUAACAGCACAGUAACAUUCUAAAAAACGCCCACAAUAGCUUCACAAAUGCAUAGGACGCUGGAAUCCAGUACUGUGGUGGUCACUUUUGCACAGACAAGAUCAAUAAAUAGAAAUUUUGCUCUUGGUAUAAAUUACCAAUGAAGGAACUACAAAAAAUACUUGUCAGCGAGUGUGGAGAGAUAAACAGUAUGGUUUAUGUAAUGUAUUUCACUGCCCCAUACUCAGCAACUCAGUGCUUUUGUGGUGAGGCUUACAGUACAACACCCUCCCCAAAAUCUGCACACAUCCUCUUUCUGCACGUUAAGUUGCUAGGGGUCCUCGUUCCAGCCUUAGCCUCUUUAAGAAUGUUUUUGAGAGAAGAAAAAGUCAAAUGUGGCGGUUUCGUCUGAGUGGCUUAGAAACGGUUUAGGAGCCGAGCCGAGACUGCAGUCUGCACAGAGACACAAAUGGAGAGCGAGCCUCCCUCACCCACUGCAGCAAUUUCAUUUCAGAGUGGGGAUCGAGGGUCUUACUGCAAAAGCAGCGGGCUGUGUCUAAACGCGUCACUGCGUGGGAAAGUUUAAGGCAAACUUUCAGAGAUCUGUUCGUGUUUGACAUAAAUCUCCACACCACAACAGAACACGGAUGUCAGCCCUAUUUGGAGUGCUAAAUACGGUUAGGUUCAUACACAGCUCGGCUUUGAAAGUGUCCGUAUCGUAUAACCUUAGUGGCUGCUUCACACUUACAGGUUUCCCCCUCCGAAUUCAACAUCAAGUUUGGUUGAUGUGUGAGCAGAACUACAGACGGUAAACCGAGGAGUGUGUACUGUGUAGGCAGAGAGCGAGAUAUAAAUCCUGUUAAAGGAACGGUUCACCCAAAAAAGAAAAUUAGCUAAUUUUACUUAUUUUAAAAUCAUUUCUCAGGCCACCUUCAUAGAGACAGAUUUGGAGAAAUGUAGCAUUACGUUAUAUGCUCAACGAUGAAUGCUCUGCAGUAAAUGGAUGAGUCUGAUAAAAACAUGACACUUAAUCCAUGCCACUUCAGUCCAUCAGUUAACAUCUUGUGGAAGGUUUCUUGCAAACAUGCAACAAACCAAUCAUUGUGGUAUUUUUUAAUUUCAGACAUGAUGUUUUUUUGUUUGUUUUUUUCUUACAAACACACAGCCUUUUGCUUUUUAAGGCUUUAAUUGAUGGACUGGAAUCUUGCGGCUUAUUGUGAUGUUUUUAUCACCCGUUUAAAAACUCGUUCAAACCGAUGGCACCCAUUGAAUGCAGGCUAUCCACUGGUAAUGAAGUGACGCAAUGCUACAUUUGUUCUAAUUAAGAAACAAAGUCAUCUACAUCUUAAAUGGCCUGAGGGUAAGGAGAUUGUCAGCAAAUUUUCAUUUUUGGGUGAACUACUAAGCGUCUUGGCAGACAAAGUAAUUGAGAAAAACAAGAACUCUAUACCUACAGUAAAGGCAGAAGGAGUUGCCAAAGGCUUUAAAUUAAUCAAAUUAAAUAAAAAAAAUACAAAUUAUUGAUGUUUAUUGUGGUUAACCAUCACUUAUGGUUAAAGACAUGACCCAAGACCAGGCCUAUCUUUUUCCUGAACGGAGAAAAAUCUGUUAAACGCAGCUGAGAUUAUAACUAAAAUACUUAAAUAUAGGUCAUAAAUACUUAGGUUCCAGUAUUGUUAAAAAAUCUAUUAAACUGAUUCUGUGCUGGCCUGCAAGUUUUAAAAAAAGAUUACUUUGUUUUCUGUUGUAUGUACAGGAUAAUUUAGUGUCACAUCUGUUAGUAAAUACAGUACAGUUGUCGAACCCUAAAUUUUGAAUGUGUGACUGGACACACUUUCUCUGUCUGUUUUUCUGAAUGGCAUGUUCGUUGGAUGUACCAAGAACAAUUUGGGAUGAUUUCAAAUUUGUAUGUAAGGCUUAAAUAGACUAAAUACCCUCCUUUAGAUCUGUAAAGGAGGUGAAAUGUUUGGGACGUGUACUUUCGGGAAGACACUGAACUUUUCGGUUUGAACACAAAGCAAUAGAACAGUACCCAUGGUGCAGUGUGCAAUAAAAAAAGGACAUUAUGACAUCAUAAUAAACAAACUAAAUGAUGAA